AUGAUGAGGCGAAUCCUCGCGGCGGUGCUGCAGUUGCUGCUCGUGCUGCUGCUGCUGCCCUGCUGCUGCUUCCACCGCGCCACCGGCACGUUCGGCGCUCAACCCUACCGUUCAGUCUCCAAUUCGGUCUACAUCGUUUCUCUCCGCUCCGCGCCCCCCGUCCUUGCCUACCGCGGGGGCUUUGCGGGUUUCCCCGCCACCGCUCCGCCCGCACCCUCCGCGCGCGUUGCUUCCGCCUUUUCUGCGCUGCAUUCCGCCACGGACCGCUUCAGCGGCGCGCUGGGCGGGCGCAUCCGCAAGGAAUGGGAGCGCCAGCGGGGCAAGUGGCGGGGGAAGGGGAAGGCGCUCGUGCGGUCCGCCAAGGCACGGCAAUUCUCCGCGUUCUUGAAGCGCCAGCAGCGCAACGUCGCGGCGUCUGCAGGGGUGCCCCCCGCCAGCAUUCUCCACAGCUACCGGUACCUUAGCAAUGGCUUCGCGGCGCGGCUUUCCCCCGCGCAGGUGCGGCGGCUGCAGCGCCACCCCGCCGUGGCGCGAGUGCGCGCGAGCGUGCGGCUGUACCCCGCCACCACGCACUCGCCCGCCUUCCUCAAACUCCCCUCCUCGCUCUGGAACGCGUCCCGCGGCGGAUUGGCGGGUGGGUCCGCGGGGGUGGCGGAAGGGGCGCAGAGCAAAGGGGAGGGCGUUGUGAUCGGCGUGAUCGACAGCGGCAUUUGGCCAGAGCACCCGUCGUUCGCGAGCCAGCCCGGCGUGCCGUCCCCGUCCGCGCCCUCCACUUUCGCGGGCGCGUGUGAGACAACGGGGGACUUUGAGGCGUGCACGGGCAAGGUGGUGGGCGCGCGGGCCAUCUACUCGGCGUUUACGGCGGAACGGGGCAGCAUCGACCUCACGGUCGAUUACCUCUCGCCGCGCGACUCCUUCAACCACGGCUCCUGGUGUGCGGGGGCGGCAGCGGGCAACAGCGGGGUGGACGUCACAGGCAAAACCGGGCAGCUGAUUGGCGCAGCCAGCGGCAUGGCGCCCGGCGCACUCCUCUCCAUCUACAAGGUCCUCUGGCGCAGCAGUGCUCACGACGCCUCCGCGCCCCUCGCGGACGUCAAGGCAGCAGUAGAGCAGGCGAUUUUGGACGGCGUGGAUGUGAUCUCCAUCUCGCUUGCAGGGCUAUACGAUUUCACGGACUAUUUCACCGACGUGUCGUAUCUGAACGCGCUGCGAGCCGGCGUGGUGAUGGUGAUGGCGGCAGGGAACGAUGGGCGGCCACCGACGGCGUGGGCGUCGUGGCGCACAGUGAGCAACUUCUCGCCGUUCUACCUGACGGUGGGGGCCAGCUCCAUCGGCCGCCAGUUCAGCGCCGUGGUCACCAUGGGGAAUAGGAAGAGCCUCGUGGGGGCGGGCAUGGGCGGAGAUGCGCGCACCGCUGCUGGCCUGCCGCUCAUCGACGGCACCACCGCCAGAUUGGGCGGCACCUACGAGGGCAAGUACUGCUUCGAUGGCGGCUUAGACCCAAGCAUGAUCGCGGGCAAGAUCGUGGUGUGCGUGCGCGGCACGGCGUUCAUCUGGCAGAAGGUGCAGGAAGUGACGCGCGGCGGGGGGCUUGCGAUGAUCCUAAUCAACGACCCCAAAGGCGACUCCAACUUGUAUGACAACAUUCCCUCCACCGUGCCCGUGCUGCACCUCACGGCCAAAGAUGGCGCUGCGCUGCUGGCGUACAUGAAGAAGACGCGCGGUGCAACGGCCAGCAUACCGGCGUCUUUCACCAUACGCCAGCUGCCAGGCCACCCCGUGAUCGCCUCCUUCUCCUCCUCAGGCCCCCUCGCCGAUCCGGCAGACUCACCAGCGCACCCCUACCCCACCAACGACAUCCUUAAGCCAGAUCUAGUCGCACCCGGUCUAAGUCUCUGGUCUGCCGCCGGUGGGAGUCUGGAAGACGCAGGAAUGGUGACUUUUGGGCUAUUAUCGGGGACGUCCAUGGCAACGCCUCACGUGGCGGGCGUGGCGGCGCUGGUGGUGCAGCGCAAUCCGACGUGGAGUCCGGCGCAGGUGAUGUCCGCUAUGAUGACCAGCGCCGCCACCACCAACAACAUUGCCAAGCCCAUCCUCCUCGAGAGCGGCGCGCUCGCCACGCCUUGGGAGAUGGGCGCGGGGCAGAUCAACCCGCCCGGCCUGCUGGAUCCCGGCCUGACCUACGACAUGAGCGCUCAGGACCUCCUGGAUUUUCUAGCUGGCCAAGAUAUGGGCCUCACUCUAUCCUUGUUCAGAAACUCUACAUUGAGUCCUCUGGCUCCAGCAAAUCUCAACCGGCCCGUUAUUUCCGUUUCGCGAAUAGUAAAGAGAGCAACGGUGACGCGAACAGUCACCAAUGUCGCGAACGCACCGUCCAACUACACGGCGAAAGUUGUACCCCCGUCGGGAGUGAAGGUCGUGGUGACUCCUCCGUUCUUCUCCAUUCGGGUUGGCGAGAGCGUAACAUACAGUGUAACGUUUAUCGUUACCAAGCAAUCCCCGAGAUUCUCCUACGGCAGUCUGACGUGGGUAGAUAAGUUGGGCCACGCAGUCAGAUCUGUACUUGUCUUGCAACCAUUGCGGCGAUAG